GAGCCGGAGCCCGAGCUGGAGCGUGCGAGCGAGCGGGGCGCAAGGCGCGAUCCGUGGCUGGCGACGCACCGAAGGCCCGGACACCGCUGCGCCCCGGCUCAGGGCCUGCGCCCCGCCUGCUGCCGACCGACCUGGGCGCCUGGCGAGGCCCCGAUUCCCCAUUCGCCCCGAGCCCACCGCAGCCCGGCCUAGCCGAGCCCCUGCGUCCGCCCGCCGCAGCCGCAGCCGCUGCUCCAUCCCCAGCCCGGGGCCCAGCUUCCAGGCCGCCAGGAUGGACGUGUUCAUGAAGGGCCUGUCCAUGGCCAAGGAGGGCGUCGUGGCCGCCGCGGAGAAAACCAAGCAGGGGGUCACGGAGGCCGCGGAGAAGACCAAGGAGGGCGUCCUCUACGUCGGAAGCAAGACUCGAGAGGGGGUGGUACAAGGAGUGGCCUCAGUGGCUGAAAAAACCAAGGAGCAGGCGUCCCAUCUGGGAGGAGCCGUGUUCUCUGGGGCUGGGAACAUUGCAGCAGCCACGGGCCUGGUGAAGAAGGAGGAAUUCCCCACUGAUCUGAAG